UUGAAAUCGUUUUGGUGAGUAAUGAAAAAUUUCCUUUGCAUUUAAAUGAGCACUUCAGAAAGGUGUGGCCACCACGGCGGCUCUAGGUUGCACAUGGCGGGUCAGUUAGGAAAUAUUGGAAAUUACUGUCAAUAAGACGGACAACAGAAGAACUUUUUUGUGAACUCUACUACACAUGUAGGCUGUUUUAACCGACGCAAGAGGAAGCUUUUCUGUGAGACUUUUAACGAUGACUAAAUCUUACUAGUCCUAUGUACUCUGCAAUGUCUUAUUUGACUUCUUUCUAAACUUAAAGCAGUCAUUGUGCAUAGUCAUCAACAAUGAUAUUCUGAGGAUGGGAAAUUCAAAGCCAUCACCAUUUUUGACAUCACUUUUAGUGAUACUGACUAUUGUUGUACUGGGGGUUUUAAUUGCAGCAAUUGGAAUAGGGGCCUACUUUCUGAGAGACUGUCCUGUCCAGCCUCACAUCCCAGUCUACCUUAUAGUAUUUGGUGUAUUUGUUUUUCUUGUGCUGAUAGUGAGCCUAGGCUUGUUCUACGGUCUGCUCGCAAAAGACACCUUUGAAUUGCUGCUGUUGUCUCUGCUGGUCAUCUCCGUCAGCUUCAUCCUCUACCUGUUUGUUUUCUGCUGGUUCAUCGCAGGGAGUGUCUGGAUAUACUCUGUUCAUCGUCCCAGUUAUGACCCAACACAUGAACCGAACUACUGCAACAAAACUCUGUACCUCUUUGCAUUCUGGUUGAACACAGUCUGCUACGGCUGUCUGGCUGUCCUGUUGCUUUGUAUUGGGUUUUCAGUGUUUUAUAUCUGUGUACAAAAUACUUGCCAAAGACCGCAGUCAUCGGCUUCAAACUCUCAGCAACAAGCUUUGGGUUGGCUAAAACAGUUUCUCAACAUUUCACCAAAGGAAGUGUUUCAAAAAUACUUUGCAAGUCUGGAGACCACAGAACUGUGAAAACAUACCGGUUGACUCAGAGCAGCUCGUUCAGUCCCGUUCACAUCAAGUCUUCAUGAUGAAGCUCGUUCUGGGGGUCAGACAGCCUGAGG